AGUCGCAUCGCAACCUGUGCCCGUCGCAGCGAUGUGAUUACCCUCCUCGCUCGAUUUUGCCGCUACUUUGGCCAUCCCUUUUUUUACCUGCUGCCUCCCUGUCCGAAUUUUUCAUCACCUCCGGAAGAUGUACCGCUGCUGGAUUAUCAUCUGCCUCGGGAUAUUCGUUCGAAAAGGAACAGCAACUGUUCAAGGAGAGAACUGUGGCACUGUGGAUAUCAUGAAAUGUCUUCCAGCGAGCGAGCAACGCUUCUUUUUCCCGGACACGUCACACAAACUUCGAGAUUACUGCGAUCACCUGAUGUCCGGCUUGGACUGCGCAAAGCGCAUUAUAGACAGUUGUGCAACGGAAGCGGAUAAAGACAUCUACUACAACCUCACUCAAGACAUGUUCGGCAUGAAUGUUGCUCUUUGCACUCCAGGGUCAGAUCUCAGCGUCAGAUUUUUGAAACACGUGGAUUGUUACAAAACACUUUCUGAACGGUUUCGCACCUGUUCGGACAGAUACAUCAGCAACAUUGUGGUUGUUAAAUCUCUGUCUCAAGAUGAACAGAUCAAAAUGACUUGCUGCACCGUGCAUGAAUACGAGCGCUGCAUGCGCAACAGUGUGGAAGGUCGUUGCGACGCAGAUGCACAGAAACUCGUCGGCGACACAGUCGUGAACGUACUCAAGCAGACUUUCAAAUUCUGCCAACAGUUCGACGACGUACCAAAGAUGCAGUGCUACCAGAAAUUCUCAGCUAGCCAAGGACACGCGACGUCCAGCCUCAACGAGGAAAGCGAAGAGUUUAGUGGUGCUCAGAUGACCUUUAACUCCUCGAAACUUUUGUUCCUAAUUCUUGUUUUCCUUGUUGCCUACUCUUGACAUAUUCGUCGACAAACAUGAGCUUCAAAUGGAAGAAGUUAUAUUUUCUUACGAGGAGAAAUGAUUGCGAAUUUUUUAAUGUGUUGCCAAAUGGUGAAAAGAAAUCUUGAUAGAACAAACAACUGCCCGCGGCAUGGCAAUCAAUAUCAUCGUCAAAUGUUCGCGCGGUGGUUUCGGAAGUUUGAAUCUAAUUCUAGUCAUGUUUUGUUAGCAGGGAAUCGGAGUACUUUUCGACAACAAAAAUCAUUGAAUUUCUGAGUAAAUACGAUUGAAAAAAUGCCUCGCCGCUGAAGUGCAGAAGAUUGUGCUGCUUUUAGGCUAAAAAGUUUCUUUAAUUUUUAUCCAAUUUCUUCAUGGUUAAUUUGGAUUUCUUUUGAAUAUUUUUUGAUUCGUGGUAAGGUGCCUUAAAAGGGUUAGAUUUACAGCUUCAACAAUUCUACAACAAAGUUCAUCACUUAUGAUUUUGAUACCAUCGGACCCAAAUAAGAGUUGCUUGUUUUUGGUCGAUUUUCUAUUACAUUUUGUUUGGGUAUAGCGUGCAUGUGUCGAGAGGGAUGCCGCACACACACACACACACACACAUAUUGUUUUUGAUAUCGAUCUGCGUGUGUGCCAGGGGUGAAUUCGCAGAUUUGGACCAAAAAGUCGGUGCUAAACUAGUUCCAGAACCAUUGAUUUGUAGUCAUAAGCCAAUUUUAGUUCAUUAAUAUAAAUAUCAUGAUAAAACUGCUUCCCCCCCCUUUCAGGAGAAAGUCCUGGUUACGUAAUGUCAAACUCAGAUUCAUUGUCUAGGUUUAUUAAUACGUAAAACUUCUGCAGCUUUUGUGAACUGAAGAAGAUUAAACUGAAGACGAAGUCGAGGUUCUAAGCAGAGGAGAUGCGUAAAGCUUUGAAUCCCAAAACAAGCAGCGACACAUCCGUCAUAUUGGGUCUAAACGAUGCUUUUUUCCUUGGUAUUCUAUGGUGAAGUAGCUUGUUUUUCUUUUUGAUUGUGGUUUCUCAUUAACUGUAUGUUAAUCCACAAUCAAGAAGCAAAACACGCUACUUCAUUAUAGCAAACAUGGGAAGAAAGCGGCAUCUAGCCUCAAGAUGGCGGACAUGUCGCUACUUAAGCUACGAUGCAGGGCUUUAGAUAUGCAUCGCGAAAAGCGUUGGUAAAGGUUGAAUACUUAAUAAAGAUAGUUUUUAAAUUUAUAAUUUAUGUUUUUAUUAGGUAGUUCCUGUAAAGUUGUUGGGCAUGUAAUAUAUCAGGAAAUAAAGAUGCGAUCAAUGUGUAGAGCUAAAAUGGAUGUUGAUACAAAAAGUAAACUAGUUUAGUGAAACAUAUAUUUUGUGAGAAAGAAACAUUGUUCCAGAAAAGCAAUACUGGAACGGCUUUCCUGAAACAAUACACCCCUGGUGUGUGUGUGUGUGUGAGUACUAAAAGUUAAAAGGAGUAAUUAUUUCAGUUUUCUCAUAAUUCGGAUGAACACUAAAUAUCACAUACAAGUAAAUGAUGUGCAUUGGUGUAACUUUUCUUUCCAAUAAAGACAAUUAUCUGACAUAAAACUGCAACUAUAAAUAUGACUACAUUAUUAAUAUUAGUGUUGCCGUUUUCAUAUUUAUUUUUAGCAUGAAUUUAUUUGUUUUGGUUAGUUUCAGUAAAACUGAAGAAAACGAGAUUUGAGUUUAUAUAGAGUCAUUAUCUUUCUUACUAAGUUUUUCAGAGAAAAACAACCAUAUCACUCUGAAAAAGAAAGAGGAUUACUUCCAAAGCGUCAGAUUUUAUUUAGCCUAUAAACUAGCCUUAGAGCAGAGGAAUAAAAAUUGAACAUCGGUUGUUUCAAUCCGUCAUUAGUUCCAUUAAAAACUGUCUGGUUCGAGGCAAAACAACUCAUCAUGUCUCACCGUCAAUCAAAAGCUGGAGAUGUUGGUAAA